AUGGCUGAACAACAACUAGGAGUGCUGAAGGCACUCGAUGUUGCGAAAACGCAACUUUACCAUUUCACGGCGAUUGUCAUCGCCGGUAUGGGAUUCUUUACAGACGCGUACGAUCUUUUUUGCGUUUCCCUGGUGACAAAGCUCCUUGGCCGUCUCUACUACUUCAAUCCGGCGUCAGAGAAGCCUGGCAGUCUUCCCCCUCAUGUUGCGGCCGCCGUCAACGGUGUGGCUCUCUGUGGGACACUUAUGGGUCAACUCUUUUUCGGAUGGCUCGGUGACAAGCUCGGAAGGAAAAAAGUGUAUGGUAUCACCUUGAUUAUGAUGAUUGUCUGCUCCGUUGCUUCUGGUCUGUCUUUCGGAAACAAAGCCAAGGGAGUCAUGACAACCCUUUGCUUUUUCAGGUUUUGGCUCGGUUUUGGCAUUGGCGGCGACUACCCUCUUUCUGCCACCAUCAUGUCUGAAUAUGCCAACAAGAAGACUCGUGGUGCUUUCAUCGCGGCCGUGUUCGCUAUGCAAGGUAUCGGUAUCUUGGCCGGAGGUUUCGUGGCUCUUGCCGUUUCUUCCAUAUUCGACAAACAGUUCCCAUCACCGACCUAUGCUGAAGACAGGGUUCUCUCAACGCCUCCUCAAGCUGAUUACAUUUGGCGAAUUAUUGUCAUGUUUGGUGCGCUACCAGCAGCCUUGACUUACUACUGGCGUAUGAAGAUGCCUGAAACUGCUCGUUACACCGCUUUGGUGCCAAGAACAUCAAACAAGCCACACAAGACAUGUCAAGGUCUUACAAGUGGAGCUUGA